GGACCGGCGAACCGAAGCGCGUAAGACGACAUGCUACUUAACUACCGUUUUAAGGCUGCCUCUAGUAGGGCCAGUUCUGAAAGUAGUCUCACGGCUGAUUUAUACAGGUAUAUAACGCGCGGCGGACCUCGGUAGCACAUCAUCUGUGCCUGCACCGCCGACUGCAGUAUGAAGACGCUCCACCUGCUGUGCGCCGCCGCCCUGGUGGUGGCUGCCGCUGGCAGUGCCGCGGGAGCCGAGUCCGCCGACCCGCCGGCGGUCGACCAGGGGUCCUCCGAGGUCACCAAGGAGCGGGAGACAGGCUCAGGCCAGCGCAGGGGACGCUUCUUUGCCUCCUUCUGGAAUCUACUCGGCUACAAUGAGGAGAAGGAAGAGACCAAAGUGGAAACUGUUCCCGUUCCUGUUUCCGUGGCAACGGUGCAAACUGCUCCCAAACCCAUCCAUAUCAACCCAGUCAUCGUCCUGAAGCAGGAGCAUCUAACGGCGGCGCUACCCAAACCAGUAAUCGUCCAGUCUGCCCCUCCGAAGCCCAUAUUUGUUCAGCCUGCCCCUCCGAAGCCCAUAUUUGUCCAGCCAGCCCCUCCCAAGCCCGUGUAUACGCCGCCAGUCCACCCGGAGCCCGUGUACGCGCAGCCAGCACAUCCGAAGCCAGUGCAUCCUCAGCCCGCCACUCCUGUCAUCCAACACGGCAACGACGGGUGCAAGACUGAUUAUCAGUGCCCCAAGGGUUCCUACUGCUUCUCCUACAACUGCGUCCAGUGCAUAACUGACGAGCACUGCUCCGCUGGUGGCCGGCACAGUCGUACCUACCAGAGGCGGUGCGAGCACAACCGCUGCGUGGACAUCUGGCAGGACGACGUCGUGAAGUGCACCAAGUACUCGGCGUGUCCCGAUGGCCAGUACUGCUCCGCAGGAAAGUGCACGCCCUUCGUGCCCGAGUGGAUGCCGUGCUCGGUGGCCGAGAGCUGCCAGUCCAACAGCUGCCUGCAGGGAAAGUGCGCCGAGUGCUCCCAAUGGAAGCCGUGCGCGGCCGGACAGUUCUGCGACCACGGUCACUGUAAGUCGCCGGGUAAAACGGGAGACAGCUGCUGGCUCAGCUUCCAGUGUCAGUCGCACAUCUGCUGGCAAGGCCUCUGCGCCGACUGCGCCCACCACAGCGACUGCAGGAACGCAGGAGAGUUCUGUGAGAAAGGCCAGUGCAAGUCCCUUCUUGGGUACGGCGAGAAAUGCUCCGAGAACAGCCAGUGUGCGUCCAGAAUCUGUGACAGCAUCACGGGCCAGUGCGUUGACUGCAGGAACUCACUGACCUGUCCUGACAACAGCUUCUGUAGCACCGGCUUCAAGUGCGUGCGCAAAGGCAUGUUCAAGGAUGCGUGCACGUCAGACAGCCAGUGCCUGUCAAGAAGAUGCGGACCCAAAAACACUUGCGUUCAGUGCAACCGUCUGCAAGACUGCAACAGCAGCACUCACUUCUGCGACAUCUCCUUAGACGGAGCGUGCACGCCGCUGAAGCGAGUCGGACAGAUCUGCGACGCGAACGAGCAAUGUCUGGCACCCCUGACGUGCAGCCCAAGCACCAACAAGUGCGUCCAAUGUCAAAUCAACAGUCAGUGUAUGGACAGUCAGCGCUGCGACAACACCCUGGGCAUGUGUGUGGCCAAGUCUAUCCUCGGUGACUCCUGUGUGGGAGACUCGGACUGCCAGAGCGGGGUGUGCGGCAUCGUGUCCAACCAGUGCGUCCAGUGCCGCGCCGGUGUGGUCGGGUCCUGUCCCGCCACCUCCUUCUGCACCGUUGAUGGCACCUGUGUGCCCACCAGCGUGCCACUGAACGGCGCGUGUCCCUCGGGGCAGAACGAGCAGUGCGCCGUCGGUCUGGUGUGCACAAACCUCGUGUGCAGAUCUCCGACAUCGGUCAUUGACCCGUCACAGACCACCUCACCCAACACCCCCACCCCUGCCGCGUCCGGCCCGUUCCAGGCCCGAUCCUUCGGACGCCGCUGAGAGGUCAUGCAACUAGUCGACGGAGAUUCAGGAGGGUCGAGCAACCAGAGGCGAUCAGAUGACUAGAAAACUGCUAAAAGUAAAUGUAAAUGUAAAUGGUAUAAGUGGAAGGCCGACACCUUUGGUGUUGCGAUUGCUUUUAAAGAAAAACGAUUUGCACUGUAGCGAUGUAUUUCAUAGCGUUGUUCAGCUUCACGGUCACUCUAUUCGUGGUAGCAUAUCCUCGUCAUGAUGGCUCACUGGUUGCAAAUGACCCUCCAAACUCUGUUGCUGAUUUGCCCCUGUUCGUUAUUUGUUAUUAUUAAUCGGUAUUUAAAGGCGAUACACGUAUGAUUGCCACUACGAACACCUAAGUUGGCGUAACGUCCUUCCUUGGACACAAGGACGACUGUGAAAUAUAUUGUUGAGUUUAUAUGUUGACGUUGUUUCCGUAUGUUUUGUUGUUUUCGUUGUUUGGUGGAAGUUGUUACAUCACGUGAAUGUUGUUUUGUUAUGUGUCUGUGCUGCCUUACAUGUUGUAUAGUCACGUUUGGCAAAAUAAAUGCAUGUCCCUUACACACUAGUAUCUUCUGCUUCAUG